AUGCCAACUGGUGAAAUAUAUUCGAGACCGCAUACAGGUCAUCAUUCAAGAUCAGGUUCAACUUCCAGCUCGAGAAGGUCUUCUCUAACGAGAAGCAGAUCUUCCCAGAGACUUAUUAGGACGAUUAGUAUCGAUAGGAAUGAAGAGGUUGCUAUUGAUUUUAGCGAUAGUGAAUUAGAUUUAAACAAAGUGAACGACUCUUUGCAAAAAUUGAAUAUAGAGGAAUUGAAUGAUAGUUCAAAACCAAAUGGAAACACAGAAUCAAAACUACCCAUUUUAAGUGGGUUAAAAGUGGCGGUUAGUUCCAUGAAUCCCAAAAACCCAUCAAAGAAUGAAUAUAUAGAGAUUCCCUACGUCAAGGCGACUUUGGAUAGUACUUUACCUAUUGAAUAUUUGAAGAAAGAUCUUCUAAAUGUUGCUCAUAUUUUAUGCAUUAGAAAAUGGCAUUCUAAAAAUUCUUUAGAAUCGAAAUUAAACCCUGAUUUGUUAACAUUAACCAAGAUAUCUGGUGCAAUGACAAAUUCUAUAUUUAAAGUAGAAUAUCCUAAAAUUCCAUCCCUUCUAUUGAGAGUCUACGGGAAAAAUAAUGAUGCUAUCAUUGAUAGAGAGUAUGAAUUACAGAUUUUAGCAAGGUUAUCUAUUAGAAGUAUCGGACCCUCUCUAUAUGGUUGUUUUGAAAACGGUAGAUUCGAACAAUAUCUGGAAAAUUCAAGUACUUUAGGACGUGAUAAUAUUAGAGAUUGGAAAACAUCGCAAAGAAUUGCAAGACGAAUGAAAGAGUUACAUUCAGGAGUUCCUUUGUUACGUUCAGAAAUAGAAAGUGGACCUGCAAGUUGGAAUAAAUUAUUGAAAUGGUUAACCAUUCUUGAAACGAGAGGUAAAGAGUGGGUAACCAACGAUGAAAACAUAAAAGAAGCAUUCAGAUGUGAUAAUUGGGAACAUUUUAAAAAAAUGAUUCACAAAUAUCACGAUUGGCUAUAUAAGCAGGAAAGAACAAAACCGCACUUGGUAUUUUGCCACAAUGAUGCACAAUAUGGUAAUCUACUUUUUACUGCACCAGUUGUAGAAAGUACAGAUAUGGUAAAUUCUAUAGAUAGUAGUGCUGCUUCGAUUAGUUCGGCCACUUCUAACUCCUCAUUGUUUCCAACUUCUUCUGGCGUCUCUGUUGAAAAGAUUAUUAACCCAACUAAAUUAGAGCAAAGCCAAGAUUCAAAACUUGUAGUCAUUGAUUUUGAAUAUGCCGGUCCCAACCCUGCAGCUUAUGAUCUUGCUAACCAUUUGAGUGAAUGGAUGCAUGAUUACAGCGGUGCUUAUCCUUACAGAUGUAAUUCAGAUGCUUUCCCAAAUAAAGAACAAAUAUUAAACUUUUUAUACUCGUAUGUGUCCCAUUUACAAGGUGGUGAUAAGGAAAAUAGGAAGACUAUCAUUGAUAAUGAAGUUAGGUACUUUUAUAACUCAAUAAUUAGAUGGAGAGCAACCGUACAGCUAUUUUGGUCAAUAUGGGGUAUUUUACAAAGUGGUACUUUUGAACCAGAGAAAGAGGAACCUCUUCAAGAAUCAGUCGGGCCAAAUGGUGAGAUAUAUAUAAUUAAGACAGAAGGAACAGAAGACGCCGUCCAACCAGUUGUUGUCGAUGGUGAAGAUGGUGAUAAUGAUGACGAUGAUGGUGUCAAUGUUGAUACUUUCGACUAUAUUAAAUAUUGUAGCGACAAAAUAGCUGUGUUCUGGUCUGAUCUGGUCGGUUUAGGGAUCAUCGAUGAGACCGAUUGUACUAUUACGCAUUUGAAUGCAUUGGAUAUCACAAUGAUCUAA